AUGUGGGGCUGGCGAUCAGAGAUCUUUGCAGCUUCUAAUUUUGUCUUUGGGACUUCUGCAGAAAAUAAUAAAGCAGACAAGCCGGUUGCUGCUGCUGUUGCUGCCUCUGCUGCUGCUGCUGCUGCUGCUGCGACCACCCCGUUGCUGCCGACAUCGACGGUGGCGCUGCUGCUGGCAGCAGCAGCAGCAGCAGCAACUCAACAAGCAGCAGCUUUUGCUUUCUCCCAAACGACUCAGGUCUUGCGGAGUGUGACGCCGCUGUCCUCCGCUGCUGAAGCCGUGCGGCCCCACGCUCCUUCUUACACAGCCGCAGCCAGCGCUGCAGCAGCCAGCAGCAGCAGCAGCAGCAGCAGCAGCAGCAGCAGCCAGCACUGGCUUGACGGCGAGUCCAUCUCGGGGCCGCUGCAGCCUUUAAGGGGAAUGGUGCUGCUGCAGAAGCUGGAGGCCGACGUGAAGACAAAGGGGGGGCUGCUGCUGCCCACGGAAUCCCGUAAAGAGAAAGUGCUCGGCCGCGUGCUUGCUACAGGCCCUGGAGAGCUGCAGCAAGAGACCGGGAAGCGCAUUGCUUGCGCAGUCAAGGAAGGCGACAUCGUUGUCUACCCAAAGCACUCUGGAGAGACUCUGAAGUACGAUGGGUCUGACUGCGUGCUGCUCUCCGGCGAGGAGCUGCUGGCCAAGGUCUCUCAGCCCGAAGUGCUGCAGCCUUCUGACGUGCAGCCGCUGGCAGACACGUGCGCUUCAGAUAAGAGUGCCGGAGGGUUGCUGCUGGUCUCGCAGCAGCAGCAGCGGCUGCUGCAGCAGGCGGAGGUUGUGGCUGUCGGGGAGGGAAGGCUGUCGCAGCAGCAGACACGAAUCCCAGUUGAAGUUUCGGUGGGAGACAAAGUUGUUUACUCCUCUUAUCUCGAAGAGUCUUCGCAGCUGAAAAUCGGCGAAGACACUUUUGCCUUCAUCAGAGCUGCUGAUAUUGCUGCCAAGUGGUAG